CUGGGCUCAGUGUAUCACCCUUUCUAUCUGCCCUUGGGCCGUGCCAUGCGGAUCAAGACCAAUGCCUCCGAAGGGCAAAGCAAAGGCGAAAGGAAAGGCAGCAGCAGCCCCGAGUACCGAGGUGCUGCUCCUGGACGUUCCGCCCCCUCCGCCUGCAGCGGUAUGCCUGCCCUUGCCAGACUCCAUGCUGAGUCGCUGUGCCACAGAGCGCUGCUUGCUGCUCAGUUGGGGAGAUAGCAAGGGGGCCUACAAGGUCCAGGUACGACAGUGGAUUCCAGGAGAUCCCACUGACCGGGCCUCCUCAGCAGAGGAUUGGCGAGAUGCGAAGGAGAUCGAGCGAGUGAAAAUGCCUGGCAGGGGCUUUCAUGAGGGGCGGCUCUAUGCUUUCGAGCAGAUCAGGAUCCAGUAUCGG